CCCACCGGUGUCGAAAGUGCCAUCUUUGAAACUGGCCGAGGGGGGCGGGAGCAGCUUUCCCCACCGGCGCUCCGGCGCCAUCUUUGAAAAGGGCAGGCCCUGCUGAGGAGAAAAACAAGAGGGCCGAGAAGCACGAGGGGUGACCGAUCUUGAACUAGUUCCAGCAUGGCAGAGUAUGGGAUCUCUCUCGGUGAACAAGUGGCUGUGGUUUGCGAUAGUUACGCCUCUCCCAAGGCACUUCAGGCAUUUGUCGAGGAUGUUCAAGCAAUUAUUGGAGCUGAAAAUCAAGUUUCGGUAGAAAACAUCAAUCAGCUGCUUUACUGUAGCGAUGACAAACUUAAGACAGUAAACAAACUACAAACAAUUGCAACACUCUCUGGUUUGGUUGACGUAAAAGAGCUGCAGAAGGAUACUUUAACCUCAGAACAAAUUCAAGCUGUCCAGAAGCAUCUGGAUCUACAGUGCAAUGAAAUUCUAGCAGUUCAGUUAGAAGGCAAAAAGCCCAAUUUUGAGGUUGGAUCUUCAAGUCAACUCAAGCUUUCUACCGUUAAGAAACCAACAACUGAAAAACCACGGGUGGAUCCCACAGCUGCAAAACUCUGGACUCUUUCUGCCAACGACAUGGAUGACGAUGAUGUGGAUCUCCUGGAUUCAGAUGAGCUUCUGGAUCCUGAGGACUUGAAAAAGCCAGAUCCAGCAUCUCUCAAAGCACCUUCCUGUAAGGAAUCUGGAAAGAGGAAAGCCUGUAAAAAUUGCACCUGCGGCCUUGCUGAAGAACUCGAGCAGGAGAAGAAAGGCGCACAGCCAAAAUCUGCGUGUGGCAACUGCUACCUAGGGGAUGCCUUCCGCUGCGCCAGCUGCCCUUACCGAGGCAUGCCAGCCUUUAAGCCUGGCGAGAAAAUCCUCCUGAACGAAAACAACCUUCAGGAUUCCUGAAAGAGGAGCAGCAACUCACAGCUUCCUUGGUGGUGCUUCAUGGUUUGGACACACCCGGCAGUUUCUCUAGUAAAGAGGGAGGAAGUCUGGACGGGGGAGCGGGGGGGAGAAAUAGGUGGACCAAGGCAGAUUGUGUUCCAGACUCCCUUCCCAGUUGGGAUCCCUUUCAAGGCUCUUUGACUGACAUUCUUUUUGAAAGGUUUGCAUCUAAAUUUUGGCUGUUAUCACAUACCCUGCAGAUAAAAAGAUCUUGCUGGCAAUUGGCAUCAGCCUUGGAGCCACUCAGAAUUUGAAAGGGCAACCUUGUCCUUUCCAUUUACUUUGCCUNG